CUUAAUCGCCAUAUCAAAUAAUAUUAUUGAGCAUACAGUCCCUUAUUUUUUCUUAAUUAAAUUUCAUAUGCCCCCGGGUACCUCUCCUUCGAUAAAAUAAGAAGCCCUAGUAGCCUGUUUGGGGUUUAGAAGCAUACUCAAAUGGGUUUUGGGGUUUGGCCCAAAUUCAGCAAAUAAUUUGGCCAACCCAUUAUGGAAAUAGAGCUUUCCUUCCCUUAGAUCACGGAAUAUUAUUUUAUCUCCAAACCUCAAACUUCAAAUACCCAACACUUCUCUUAACCCCCACCCCCCUUGCCCUGAACCCUCCCCAUUUUGAGCCAAUUUUGAGACAAUUCAUCAAUGGCUGCCACUCACAAACUCACACCCAUUCUCCUCUCCCUCCUCCUCCCUCUCCUCCUGCCCUUCCACCCUUGCCCAGCCUCCUCAGCUGAGCUCGAAGACUUUGAAGAUUUUGAAGAUUACACUCUCGAUGCUCACUUUCCCCAUCUCCACUCCUUUCGGCACCGACACCACACCGGUAUAAGGAAAGGUAAGCAUUGUCAUCCUCAUAACAACAUAUGCAAUGGGGUUUCAGUGCGCAAUGGGACUGGCCUUCUAUUUUGCUGCAAAAAGCAUUGUCGUAAUGUCCUUGGAGAUAGGAAUAAUUGUGGGAAAUGCAAACACAAGUGCAAGUUUGGACAGCUUUGUUGUGGCGGCAGUUGCACCAGCGUCGGCUCCGAUGCCACCCAUUGUGGCAAGUGCGAUAAUGCAUGCGAUCCAGGGGUUAUAUGUGAGAAUGGCUCAUGUGGGUAUGCUUGAAUAAACUUCCCUCCAAAAUACAAACACAAUUCUACGUUCUUUGAAUAUAUAAUAAAUGAAGUACAUUAUUGUUCAAUGGAUAUAUAAAUGAAGUAUAUUAUUGUUCAAU